AUGGCCGCCCGAAGCCCGACUCUUCAUGUCGACAUCUUACUGGACAUCAUGGACGUUUCAUCCACGUCUACGGUAGCCGUCCUCAUGCGUACUUGUCGUGCUCUCUACUAUGCGGGUCCCAGAUACGUUCUCAAGGAUGGCCCCUUUGUGCGGGACAGCCCUGGGGACACGGACGCGUUCUUACGGUCAUUCUGUCUGUUCCUCCUCGCUGAGCGCGGCAUUCGCUUUCGCUAUCUCCGGCAGAUUUACUUCGGCGUCUGGUGGAUCCAGAACAAAGAUGUCGCAGACAUGCUCUACGAGUGCGUCAAGAAGAUGACACAUCUGGAAGUCCUCGUCUUCGUGAUCGACCUGGACGCAAUGCUCGACGUUCACCCUGGGCUCGGGGACGCAUUCGCCGAACUGCGCACCGUCAAACACCUUGAGGUCUCCUCCACAGGCAAGAAGUGCUACAGCAUGCUCCGGAGCAUGCGCUCUCAGCUCGUCGAUGUCCAGCUCAAGCUCUGGCAAGAGGAUGAAGACGACGAGCUCCCAGCGACACCGGACCUCAAUCCUGUCACCCUCCUGGCACAUUCGCGGGAAAGCUUGCAGCGGCUCCAGUGCGAAGCGUGGGAUUGCCAUCGUUUCCCGGCCGGGAGCCCGAUAUAUCCGGCUAUGCGAAACCUCACGCUUGACUGCGAGGAGCUCCCCACUACCGCCGCGCUCGUCCAGGCGUACCCCGAACUCUCUCACCUGACUCUUCGUUGGGCCGAUUACGACCUUCCCUCCGACACUGCCGCACUAGUCAAUCUGCUAGAAGCGAAGCGCACGGGGAACCUCCGCGCUCAGCGUGGUAUCAGAGGCUGGCAGAAGCUGAAUGAGGUCAGCGGCUCUAUGGGCGCGCUCUUCGCACUUGGGCUAUGCUGCCAUGUCGAAAAUCUCCUACCAAACGAGGUGAAAAGCGAUGCGGACCUUGUCAUGCUGGCUGUACUCUUGGAGCAUACGCGUCCAGCCUACCUUCGCCUUAACACUCUGGGCGCGUUCUUCGACGAGCGUCCCUUCGAUCUCCCGGCCACGUUGCACAAGGACGGCGCUUCCGCACUUCGGACACUUGACAUCGCUAUCGAACAUUCAGAGGACGUAUCUCACGAUGCGCCUGUCGAGGACUAUCUCGCAUUCCUGCUGCACACAGUGCGCGGAUUACGGCUAGAGAAACUCUCCGUUACCUUCGACGGUUCACCAUUCGUCAAACCCGACGAGGAUGACCCGAAUUACAUUGUGGCCAACGGCGAGGCGGGGCGCUACCUGCAUAAUCUGAACCUCCCUGCUCUGGUCGGGGGGUUCCUAACCGUGCUGCCGGAUAUGAAGAGCAUCAAGAUGGAGUUGAAGGGUCUCUGGAACCCGGACGGGAACUCUGUUGAAAUCACGCGGGCCGAUACGAAUGGGGAGAGGUCCGUAGUCAUCGAGCACGGUAUAGGCCACUACUAG